AUGAAUGGUUAUUUUCUCCCAAUCAAAGUUUUUCCACGAGAAAGAAUCUCUUUCUUUUUUGGGUCUGUCAUUUCCCAUUUACACACUGAAAACUUUUAUCAAAUACAUACUAAUUAGAUACGAUUAUAAAUCCCUCUCUCUAUAAAUAUAUGCAUACAUAUUAUGUAUAUAUAUAAUCAUGUAAUAUACCCCAACAAGCCAUGUACAUGUUUUUGUACUACUUGUAGUUCACUCUAAGCUUAAUUUUGUCACCCAAAACUUAGACAUAUUUGAAAGAAAAGAAAAGGUUAGUUAGUAUCAAUGGAGAAAAGGACUACUUCCACCGUUAUCACCAUUCAUGACGACACAGACUCAUCAUCUCAAGAAUUAGGAGUAUGUGGAAAGCUGUUGACUAUGAUUCGCCGUAUCUCAUCGCGACAAGCCUCGCCGGUGAUGACCCCACGUGGCAGCAGCAGAAGCAGCCACCGCAACCACAGUGCCGUGAAAUUCAUCGACAUCGUAAGCGGAGGAUCACCCCCCACCACCAAGGCCAGUACCACCACUAACACCGUUUUAGUCCAUAAUAAACUUUCAAGGCUCCUGAGGUUGAGAAUAAGGUGGCAUCAGCAGGGGAAAACCAUCAUCAACAACAACAGCAUCAUGGGAUUAAGAAGAAAGAAAGUUUUAAGGAUCAUAUAUCGGAUUAUAUUCACCGAACAAAGUUUAUGAUAAGGUCUCAUCCACCAGGAUCAACUACUAUGUCCCAUUCAAAACAGAGUACAAAUAAUAAGAAUUAAUUAAGGUUAUGUUGUAUUAUAUAAACAGAGUACUUAAUGAUAAGUAAUGAUUUGGUGGUGGGAUGAGAUUGGGAAUAUUAUGCUUUAUGUGAAAUUGUCUACUUGCUUUUAAUUUGUUAUUCAAAAUUUAUGUAUCAAAUAAAAUUUGUCAUUUAUAUUUACUUC